UUCAUUUCAUUUUUCUAAACAAUUUUACCGUGCUCUGAACUCUGAAUAAUUGUUGGUUAUGUUAUGUAUUGCAUUGAAUUCUGACGUUUUGCAAUAUUAAUAAAUUCUGGUUGCUGUCCCAAAUGGGUUCUAGUGUUAUCUGCCUUAUUUCGUAUUGUUCAGUUGGCGGUCAUGAACCUUCAGGGGAAUUCGACUCUAUUAACGAGUAACUCGAAAGCGUCCCCCAAGUCUACCACCCACACUCCACCCCACACCACCGCCAUAUUGCCUCCAGAUGAGAGCUUAAAUGACGUCACUCAGCAGUAUCCCACCAAUCUCCUAGUGUUGAUUGUCAUCAUCGGUGUCAUCGCUGUCAUUAUUGCUAUCGUUCUGUUGAUCCGUCGGAAAAUGCGAAUGGACCGGUUAAGGAAUCGACUGAGGCCGGUGUACAGGUUUAGGGCGAGCGAAGAGGAGCUGCUUUUCGAGCGUAACGAUUUCUUGCCCAAACAGAUGUACUUCACAUUCGAGAACAAUAUGGAUUUCUACAACGGGAACUAUCCUCCUAAAAUCCAUAGGAGUUAUUCUGCUAAAAUCUAAGACAUCUAUGGCUUUCUUCAUGUUAGAAAUAAAUUAUUCAUAAACCUGUAGUCAUAAAUGUGUCAUAAGUUCAUAAAGUAGCCUGUAGUCAUACAUUCGUCAUAAUACCAUGACACUGUUGUCUUCCAUUGACUUAUGACAUUCAAAUUAUCCAUAAAAAUCAGCUUUACUUGGUAUAGUAACUCAUCAUAUCUUCAAUGAAAUAUAAACCCUGAUGGAAUUGAGAUAUUAUUUAAAUUUCUUAAGAAAUUUUCUUGAUUAUAAUCAAUUUUAUAUUGAUAAAUUCAGUUUAAUGUAAUCAAUAUUGAUGAUAAUAAUUACUUAUCAAUGACCUAAUAAGAGGGUACAAAUUAUUCGUAUCAGCGUAUCAGUAUAACUAUUAUAGUUUCUCUAAUCAUAUCACAAUAUACAUAAGACUAGUCACAAAAUAUGGAAACUGUAUUGUAGUAUUAUAAAAACACUGUAUUUUCUUCCAGUAUUAAGAGUAUAAUAAUAUUCAUAACGAGGCAGCUAUUCUUAUAGAUUUUAUAAAAUCGAUUAUUUGCCAUAGUAAAUUAAUGUAAUUAUAUGAAGUGAGUGAUUAAUGAGAAAGUGUGGUAAAGUUUUUGUGGAAAUUUUAAAUUUAGGUAUACAAAUUAUUUUUAAAUUGGAUGAUUUGAAUGAAAAUAGAAAUGAAAUAAGAAAGUAGAAAAGGAUAAUUUAGAACGAAUGUAGAAGACAAAAUUUGAAACGAAAUAUAGAAUUGUAAGUUUUUAUAAAAAUGAAUAUGAAAUGAAAGUGAAAAAUGGAAAUGUAUUGAUUUCAUAAAAAACUAUUCAAUUUAAAAAAAUGAAUAAUUUAUCCAAAUGUCUUUGCUUCUAAAACUUAUUCACAUUUUACUUGAAUUUUAAAUAAGUUUAGAAAUGAAACACAGUGCAAUAAUAUAUGGUAUUUUACUUGUUAAACCAGUUUGGAAUUUUACAGACAAUUUAUAUAUUAUUUUUUUGAUUUUACUAGGAGCUAGAAGAUGACAAUUUGCUGUGUCUAUCAUUUUAUUGUACUUAUUUAUUUUAUUGAUAUUUUAUAAUAAAUGAAUGAACUUGAGUAAAAUAUCAUUGGGCGUUUCAGUAAAGAUGUUAUCAUUUUGAAGAGUUUGUACGGUUAUCCAACCUUGUUUAUUUUCAUAAUAGUUCUUUUUUAAAAUCCAAAUUUUUUACUAAUGGAUUCUUUGCAAAAUUUAUUACCAGGAUAAUAUUAUUUGAAAAAAUGUUCUAAUUCUACUGAGAGAGUUUUCAAUUUGUGUACACCCUAAUUCACUGCUUGUGACCAGUUUUUAAUAUAUUUUUCAGCAAACGGUAUUUUCAUAUUUCAUUUUAAGUUUUAUAUCUCAUAUUAUUCAAUUCAGUUUUAAUCGCUCUUUAAUGUUAAAUUUGUUAUAAUCUGUUUUCAUGGAUCCUUUAAAUUAAAUUGAACAAUAAGUUAGUAAUAAUAGAAUCUUAACGUAGUCAUAACUACAGUAUAUGAUUUAUAACUGUAUUAAUAAAUUUAUAAAUACAUAAUCCAUGAUAUGACCAUUCUAAUAGUGCAAUGAAAUUACGGACUAAGAAAAUGUUUGUACCGUGUUUAUAAUUCAAGUAUUUAUCAGGUAAUCAUAUCAUUAUUGAUAAUAUCAUUAUAAUUGAUGAAUUCAAAUUAUUAUAAACAAAUUGUAUUGCUAUAUUAAGAUGGUGAACUAGGAAAAUUAUAGUCUUGCCUUACUACGUUGAAAUCGCGUUUAAUUGAUUAGAAGACUAAUCAACUGUUUUAAUUUAAUUUUACUUUAAUAAAAUUAUAGUCUUGCCAUACUAAGUUAAAAUCACCUUCAAUUGUUUAGGAGUUUAAUUGCGUCCAAUUGGAUUUCAAUCAUUUCAGUCUCAAUUAUUUAUAAAACAUACCUACUAACCUCUUUUUUCAUAAAAACCUAACUUACCUUUGGUAGCGUACUUCUUUAUUUUGAAAUAACUUAUUGUCAUCUCUUGAAUAACAUAUUUUCCCUUGAAUAUUCUAGAAUGCAGUACUUUUAUUGAUAUUACAACUGAUGGAGAAAUAUUAAUAGUAGAUUAAAAAUCAAUGUUAAUUAUUUUUCUUAUUUUAGACUUAUCUAAGUAAUUUAUUAUUAAUUUUAAAAUUUUAUUUUUCAGUGCAUCAGUAUUCUAAAAUGUGAUUUUUUAGUGUAUCAGUUUUCCCUAUUGCUUUAACUUAUAAUCCUGUUGAUUUUGGCCUAUCUUAAUGUACAGAACUACUUUAAACCAAGACCAAAAUUAUUUUUCUAUCAAUAUAAAUAUUUCUUCAUUUAAAUAGUUUUUGUUAAUAAGACCAAAUAUUCAGUUUUAUUAGUAUUCUCAAGUUAAUUAAAUUCAAAAAAUUAAAUUUAAAAUUAAGGAGUGGCCGUAGUAGAGUGGAUCAGAUGCUGGCUUUAUGAUUCAGAGGCCCGGGUUCAAAUCCCGGCCCGGGCAAGAUAUUUAUAUCGGGCCACUCCCGUGUUUCGGAUGGACACGUUAAGCCGUCGGUCCCGGCUGCCUAAAAAGCAGUCGUUAGGUCAUGUCAGAGGCCCUGAAAUUGAUCAGCUGCGACCUGAAAACUCUGACACCAGACCUGAGCCAGCCAGGUUACUCGAUAUUAUUAUUAUUAUUAUUAAUUCAAAUUGAAUUAAAUUGCUCCAAUUUCGUACACAAAACAAAAAUACAUUUUUUAUUCGUUUCUUUGCUGAACAAUGCUUGUUAUCUGCUCGUUUUUAUACUUCCCACUUUUUUGUUUUUAUUCACCAUCUUUCAUCAAAUCCUUACAAGAAUAUUAUAGUGUAUUUCUAUCUUUCCCAUAUCCUUCUCUCAUCCUCCAUCAUUCAUCACUUAUUUUUAAUCAAUUCUCUUUCCAAAUGUUUUUCUAGUCUAGCUCCAGGUUUUAGAUCUAGAAUGAAGAAGUGAUACCAAACUCAAUGAAAUUAAUAGAUUAUACACUUAUUUUCCAAAGUUUUCUUUAAAAUAUGUUAUGCUUUGAAUUGAAAAUUCAGUGCUCUCUAGAACAAUAAUUCAUAUAUUUUAUUGUAUCCUACUGUAUUUAUCUACUAUGAACUGUCUUUAAUUAUCUUCCUAUUUUAUCUAAUUACAAUUACUGUACUGUGAUCUACUGUGUAAUGGGAAAGUGAUCAAUCUUAAUUUCCCAAGAACAUUAAUAAUUUUCUAUUGUAUUAGAAUGUAUUAAAUUGUAUUGUAUUAAAUUGAUUUGCUCAUUUUUAUAAAUUAACUUAUUAGAUUAGUACCUAUCUAUGUUAUUUUCUUUUCAAUCUAAGUUACUCCCUUCAUUUUAAACAAAAUUUUGAUUUGUCAAAUUAAAAUUUGAAGAACAAAAGUACUUAGCAGUGAUAAUGAUAUAUUAUCUUACCAAUAGAUUAUCCAAUAAGAAGUAACAUGUCCUCUCCCAAUCAUAUUAUUGUAUAAUAUAAUGAUUUGGGAUUGUCAAUAAGUCUCAUACAGAGUGUUACAAAAUUACCUGUACUUUACACUUUAAAAAUUCAUAAAUAUUACAAAAUCAAAGCUAAAGAACUGGUUUCAUUAUUGCUUUGCAACAUUUGGAGUAUUAUAUUUACAAACGAUUCAUUAGAAUGUUCUUAGUCAUGCAUACGUUUUGAUUGGCUAGCAAUCAAUAACAGGAACCAAUAGGAAUCGUGGAUCAAGAUACCGUAAUAUAUAGAAACGUUCCGAUUUUGGUUUACCAUUGCUGAGAAGAAAAGAACACCAUUCAUUCUUAUAGAGGUGCUCACACACACUUGGAGUCUUCUAAUGUGUGAAAACCUCCAUAAGAAUUAAUGGAAAUCUCUUCAUAGAUACGGACCUGAGAAGUUGUUUCUUCUGUGAACUGUUAUAAUU